AUGUCAUCAUCCUCCGAGUCGACAAUCUACGUCGGCAACCUGCCACCAGAUGUGCGUGAGAAAGAAGUCGAAAACCUAUUCCACAAGUACGGAGACAUUCGAAACGUCGAAGUGAAGACACGUCACGGCGAGACGCACUCGUUUGCAUUCGUUCAAUUCGACUCGCAUCGUGACGCAAAAGAAGCCGUCCGCUCUCGUGACGGAUACGAUUUCGAUGGAAAACGUCUUCGUGUCGAGUUUCCACGUGGCACGGGUCCACGUGGUCCGGGUGGACGACCGAUGAGAGAUUCAGGAGGAUUCAGAGGAGAUGAAGGAUUCAGAGGAAGAGAUGGAGGAUUCAGAGAUGGAGGCAGAGGAGGUGGAUUCAGAGGAGAUGGAGGAGGCAGAGGAGGUGGAUUCAGAGGAGAUGGAGGAGACAGAGGAGGAUUCAGAAGAGACUCAGGUCGUCAGGGUGGUCCAUUGCGUCGAAGCGAUUAUCGAUUGAUUGUCGAAGGACUUCCACCGAGUGGAUCGUGGCAAGACGUCAAAGAUCAUUUGAGAGAGGCCGGCGAUAUUUGUUAUGCGAAUGUUGAGAAUGGACGCGGAAUUGUGGAAUUCACGAGAGCUGAGGACAUGCACAAGGCUAUUCGCAAGUUUGAUGAUACCAAGCUCAAAUCUCAUAAGGGAGAAACCGCCUAUAUCCGUGUGAAAGAGGACACUCGCUCGUCCAGAAGUCGUUCUCCAAAAACUUCUCGACGUCGCUCUCGCUCCAACACUUACUCCAGAAGUCGUUCUCCAGUUUCUCGUCGUCGUCGUUCCGAAUCGAGAUCUCCACGUCGUCGUUCCGAAUCUCCCCGUCGUCGUUCCGAAUCUCCACGUCGUCGUGUCUCCAGAAGUCGUUCACCUGAAUCGUCUCCUCGUCGUCGUGACGCUUCACCGGAUGCUUCUCCACGUGAUUAUUCGCGUGAUGAUUGA